UUUUUGGUUUUUAAAUCAUCACAUGGAUCAAUUGUUUUUAAAAAGUUAAUUAUUUAAAAUGGAUAGUAUUAAUGAAGAUGUAUGGAUAAUUAUUCUAAGGUUCCUGCCCAUGAGUGAUCAGCUGUCAUUGGUCCAAGUGAACGAAAGUAUUGCAUCCUACGUGAAAUACCAAUGGAAUCAUCUAAAAGGGGUUACUUUGACCCGAGAGGAUAUGGAAUUUCUGGAUAGGAAUGAGAAACUGAAGCAGGAAUGCCUGGGCGGUUGGUCGAGAUCGGUGGAGCGCCUAAAUCUACGCAGUGCCAGUCGGGAUCUGCUAAGGAAGUGGACGGAGUACAGCUUUCCCCAGCUCAGAUCGCUCGACUGCCACAUGGACUACAACCUCGAGGAGGCCGACGAGGAGACCCUUCUGCUGACCGAGCUGUUCCCGCUCCUGACCAGCCUCACACUCAAUAGCAGCACCACAGGACGCUAUUUGUGGCGAUGGUCAGAUCUCAAAGAGCUGAAUCUCAUCUGGUGCGAGUACCUGAACCCGGACACUUUCGAGCAGAUCUUCGGCAGCCUAAAGCUGACGAAGCUGACCCUGCUCUACUACGGUUACAAUGUGAAUCUGGGCGAGAAGGUGCUGGCCAUCACUCGAUGCUCCACGCUGGAGGAGCUGAUCCUCGACGACCACCACUUGCUGGGGGGCUUCCUGACCCGGCUGAUGGAUCUGCCGCACUUUAGCCGCCUGGCCUUCUACACGCGGGACUACUAUGAGUUCCUUCUCAGUUCGGUGGCCAGGUAUAAGCCACUGAAGGUGCGAUCGUUGCUCUUCAACGACUCCUUCUGGAGCAGUGAACGGGUGGCGGAAAGUAUCCAGGACAUGACCAAUCUUCGUCGACUGGUUCUGCAAGAGGAUGACAUCGAUUCGCAGCAGCUGCACGCCAUCUGCCGCAAGUUGCCGCAGCUGGAGGAGCUGCACCUGCUGCAAAUGCGCGAAAUACCUUCGUCCACCCAUUUGUGGAACUCUAUAGGUAUAUGCCCCAGUCUAAGGAUCCUCAACCUGUCGUCCACCAAGUUGACUUGCCAGACGUUGGAUCUCAGCCACUCCCCCCUCUCCAAAGUUCUGAUCUGCCGUAGGUCUCCGCUGACCCUCCAUCUUCACAACACUGGCCUGGUUCCCGAAGAAAUUCUGCCAGCUAUGGAUUGUCUCAAUUUGAAUAUCUCAUUCGAGCCCAUCCAUUUGAAUAUUUGGAGCUCACGAUUUGUGGAAAUCGAAUUCAUUCCUGAAUCAGCAAAGUAAUAGCAUUUAUCUACCUAUAUUCCGUUCUAACUCAUUAAUAGCGCAGAAAUUAAAAUUCAAGAAAUGUCUUGUGACUUGAAAUUUAACAUAAAUUGUAUAGUAUUUACUUGUAUGAUCUGUACAAGACAAACAGUUCUAAGAACUUCUUAAAUAUCUUUAGAAGUAUUUACCUUCUCAGGUUGCAAUAAAUCCAAUGAAUUA